AUGAAAGUGGACAACCAUUGGGGCAGAACUCCAAGGAAAUGCGAAACCGAGGAAGAGGCACGGAGAUUGGCGAUUCGCAUGUUAGUCCUCAGCGUGCAGCUGCUGAAGUUGGGAACAUUGGAAGACAUCUUUGAUGACUUGCACGAAGUUGACAGCAAAGACCUUGAUCGGUUCUUUGAGAUGGAGGCUUUGGGUCAAUUUUAUCUCAAGCUGGAAGACCUGUGGAAAAAACCCAUUGUUCCAGCUGCCAAUGUUUCUGUAGACGAUGAAUUAAUCUUCACGAUGCAACAGGCAAGGGAUGACUUGCUCCAAGCGGAUCAGACUUUCACCAAGGAUACCUCUCAACUGACCGGCACAAUGGUGAAAGGAGAUUCGGGCAAUGCCCCAACGACCAUCCAGGUAGAAAGCAGAUCCCAAAAGUUAAAGCAGAGCUUGGAUGAGCGACGCCAAUCGGAGGAUCCAGGUACCAUGGAGAUUCGGUCCCAACAAGACCAACUACCAGUGAUCCAGAUCAGACAGCAGGUCUUGGACAUUAUCAAAGGACAUACUUACAGCAUCAUUGCUGCUGAGACCGGAUCUGGAAAGUCUACUCAAAUCCCUCAAAUAAUCCUGGAUGAUGCCAUCGACCAAGGAUUCGGGGGGCAAUGCAACGUGAUUUGUGUCCAGCCGCGGCGAAUUGCGGCACAAUUUCUGGCAGAGCGAGUCUCUCAUGAGAGAGGUGAAGUUGUUGGCGAUAGUAUUGGAUGCUUGGCUCGAUAUGACUAUCGAAGGCCAACCAAUAUUGGGGGCAACAUCACAUACUGUACCACCGGUAUCAUGUUGAACAUUUUACAGAAUCAACCUGAAACUCUCUCAUCGCUUACUCAUAUCAUGCUUGACGAAGUCUAUGUUCGUGACAUUGGAAUUGAUCUCAUAAUGAUGUUGCUGAAGCGCUAUGUGGAUAAAUGCCGAUCGACUGGCGUUGCUGUGCCUCGAAUAGUGAUCUUGAGCGCCACCAUAGAUCUUGACCUAUUUUCCACGUAUUUCGCCAACAUUGGACCGGAUGGGAAACUUAUCCCUGCUCCAUAUAUCUCCAUUCCGGGUCGUCAAUUUGAUGUGAAGAAGCACAACCUCGACAAUGUGCUUGAUGAGCUGGCAGCUACUUAUGAACCCGAUGUGCUGUCCAAUCUGCUAGAUGGCCCGGAGACCAAAAGCUUCCUAGACAACCAUUAUGCACGGUUCGAGGGUAUCGAAAAGCCUGAGAUUGAGGCUUCAAACUCUGUCACGGAGAAUUUCCCGGGGAGUUCGACCAAAUUGAUCUCUGCCGUCCAGACCAAUGAAGCAUUGGAGAUGGAGGAUAGAUUGAUACCAUAUGGCGUGAUUGCUGCGUUGAUAUUCCAUCUUCUAAACACAACCGCUUCUGGCUCUAUCUUGGUCUUCCUUCCAGGCUUAGCAACGAUCAAGAAAUUGGAAGAGCGAAUAUUGGCGUUCACAGCUACUAAGAAAUUUGACCUGGAUUCCUCUGAUGAGGGUCAGUUCCGAUUGUUCAAGUUGCAUGCGGCAUUACCCGCGGAAAUGGCGAAGUUGUCUCUACCAUUCCCCAAAGGUUGCAGGAGGGUUUUCCUCUCCACCGAUGUGGCUGAGGCCUCGGUCACUAUCCCUGACGUUAAGUUCGUGAUUGAUACCGGAAAGGUGAAUAACCUAGUUUACGAUCACACGGCUCGCUCUCGUCGACUGGGGUCUUUCUGGGCUAGCAAGGCUAGUGCCAUCCAGCGAGCUGGGCGAGCUGGCAGAGUCCAGGAAGGAGAGUACUUCUUCCUGGGAACCCAACAGUGCUAUGAUAAUCUUCGAAAAAUGAAGUCUCCCGAUAUUCACCGGGCUCCGCUGGAUGAACUAUGUCUGCGUGUGAAAGGCAAUGCUCCUGAUACUCCCAUCAUUGAUGUUUUGAAACAGACCCUGGAGCCUCCUAAUACCGAUGCCGUUAUGCAGACUAUCAAGCACCUAACACAGACCCGGCUAUUGGAUGAGAAUGAAAACUUGACAAAUCUUGGUACCCUUCUCGACCACCUGCCCCUUGACCCAUCAGCCGGCAGGUUGGUCAUCCUUGGUGUUAUUUUCCAAUGCCUGGAACCGAUGCUCAUAUUAGCGGCUUUGAAUGGGGAGAGCCUCUUCCGACGGCCAUCGAGUAUGGAGGAUAGCCACACCAUUCGCAAUAAACGCCAUGAAUUUGCGGGGCAGAGUCACUGUGACCAUAUUAGUACAAUCAAUGCUUUUAAGGCCAUGCGAGCCGUGGAGCGGGACGGCCGUAGCGUCCGGGAUUACGCUCAAGACCAGCAUCUGGAGUUCCACAGCUAUGCGGGGGCCACCAGCAUCGUUAAUGUGCUAUUGGAAUCUCUCAAGGGCGCGCGACUCGUCCGCAGCAGUUCCAUCUCUAUAUACAGCUACCACGUGGGCGGCAAGGCACUCAACAUCAACUCGGAUUGUAUCCCUCUCAUCAAAGCCCUUAUACUUCAUGCCCAAUUCCCUCACGUUGCCGCUCCAACACCGUCCACAUCAAGGUCAUAUUUCAGCAAGACCGAGCGGGAACAUCACCUACCUUGGGCAAGUGCUGCUAACAUCCUACCGCCACCACCUAUCCGGGAUCUGGUGACAUACCAAGGGAAACAGGCUAGUAGAACUGAGGGGGAAAUUCCAAUGCUGAGAGAGAAUUCUCUGGUCAGCCCUUUGGCCAUGUGUCUUUUCGGAGGAAGAAUGGUCUGGAAAGACCGAAUGCUCCGUAUGGACUUUUGGUUACCACUAGGAAUCAAUAUGAAGGAUCCAACUUACACCUCAGAUGAGGCUGCACGAAGCAUCAUCGAGCUGCAUAAAGCUAUUGACAAGUGCCUGACGUCGGCUUACGCGUCUCUUAAUCAUGAGGAACGGCCGCGGAAGUUCUAUUUGGCUCGUAACAAGUUGUUCAGAUCGUUGCAGAAAGCCGUUAGAGCAACCUUGGAAUGCGAUAAUCACCGUUAUGCCGUGCCCAGCCAAGGACACUGGAGUGAACAUGAUGCACAUGACAUGGAUUAUGAGGAAGAUCAAUCCAUUCGAGAGGAGAGCACGCCUAGGGCGGAUGAGGAGGAACUACAUGUACCAUAG